AAUUCACAAGGCGCGCGAGGGUUCUUAGGCGACAUAACUUCAAUGAGAUUGACUUCAUGUUGGUGCUUGUAAGUUUUCUGUCAAAUUUUCUUACUAGUGUUUGUUGUUCUGUCUGCUUACCUAUGUAUUUCGUAUUUUUUUAAAGCCGAAUCCAUAUCAGCUCGAUUUAAGGGCUGGGCAAUGCGCCAUGCCAUUCAAUAGCUCGCAGUUAGAUUGUGCUUCUCCCGAUUUAGUGACAGUUAUAGUUCACAGCCUUAUGUGUCAUCGGCAGAGUGGAGAAUCUGAAGAGUUUGCAAGACGCGCGAUUGAGAGUCUUGUGAAAAAAUUGAAAGAAAGGCAGGAAGACUUGGAAUCCUUGGUAACUGCCAUAACAACGAGUGGCAGCCAACCAAGUAAGUGUGUUACAAUACAAAGAACUUUGGACGGACGUAUGCAGAUUGCUGGGCGGAAAUGUCUUCCUCACAUUAUUUAUUCACGAAUAUGGCGCUGGCCUGAUUUGCAUCGAAAUGAGUUAAGACACUCCAAACAUUGUUUAUUUGGAUUUGAACUGAAACAAGAUUGCGUGUGUAUUAAUCCUUACCACUAUGAAAGAGUUGUUUCUCCUGUUGACUUGGCUACUCUGAGCCUUAGUCCUACACCAGAAAAAGAAGGUAAAUCUUUGUAAUUUCUGACCGAUACAAUUUUUUUUAUAUGUAAUCCUUGUUAGUUAUUCACAAGUAUCUUAUGCGAUCCAUGUUUUCAAGACACAGAAUUUAAUCAGGGUUUGCUCUGGUAGUUUGGCUGUCAGCCAUACAGUAGUCUUUCUAGUGUAAUAAUAAUAAAUUAGGGAUGUAUUAGAUGAUCACAGAGAUCUUAGAUUUAGUACUGACUUUGUAUCCAACAUGAGACUAGUGUAACUAUACAGCCAAAACUGUCCGUGCAACUAGCCAGUUACGGGUAACUCAGAACCUUACAUGUGCAUCAGUUGAAGCUGUCAGCUAAUUUGUCAUGAUAAAUACCAUACUGGUAAAAUUAAUAUUAACAUAAUUGAAAAUGAUACCAAGCACUUUGAAAAGAUAUGUUUUGAUAAAAGCGAGUUCUCGGGAUAAAAUACACCCAGUCUCCAAUGAAUGGUCAUUAUAAUUUCAUGAAUUACAACUAGGUAAUCUAUGCCUAUCAAUAUAGUGCAAAUCAACACUCAAGAGCUUUGUAGAUCAAUGCCUCGUUUUAGUUUAACCCCCUAACAUACAACCUACUUCACCACCCGCCAUCGAGCGUCAAUGUCGGCGGGAUUUUAAACACAACAUCUCAUUCACCUCGAUCGGUGGAGUGUGAAUAUCUUGAUAUUAGGCUUUCCAUGUAUGCCCAACACUACCUAAUGUUAGUUGUUCAUCCAUUGACUUCAGCUUACUCAAACACUUAGGGUAUCUAUUAUGAAAUAAUGAUGACUUGCAGACAUCAUUUAUUUCCAUAGUCCACGUUUCACUUCUAAGAUUAGUAAGGUAGUCAACGCGUUUUUGUUUCUUAUUUAUUCGCUCUGGUGUUAACGGUCAUCAACCAUUCUCAAACCGACCAAAUGUCUUGUAACAGUUCAAACAUAAUUGUAUCUACCAUUAGUCGAUAAGGAAAUCUGAAAAGUGGUCAGUUUUUGUCCCUGUGAAAUUAUGUAUAUAACAAAGUGGGGUAGCUCGUCAUAUGCUUUGACUUGACCAGUGGUGUUCAAUUAGAGAGGUUCCUGCAAUCUAUGUACAUCUUCGAUACACCUUGUCAAAUGACAAACUGUCACAACUUCUAGGUCAACAAAGUUAAACGCUGCUUUCGUUUUAGGAAAUACCGCUGUUGUCGGGCGUUUGUAGGUAUGUUUAUGUUCUACAGUCUGACAAGGUGAAUAAUUGAUUGGUUGCCAAGUGUGCUUUCGCAGUGGUUUUGGUGAAUCAGUUGUUUACUAGCUUUAGCGAGUCGUUUUAUAGUUUCAGAGGUGGUUUAGUUAAGCUUUCACUGUCCUCCUAGACGGCACCAGUUCACAUUGAAAGAGGUAAACGAUUAUGACUUCCCAACAUUUGAACAACAGCUUGUCCUGUUGACCCGCGUUUUGAUCAUAAUUAUGUUUUUAUUUGCAUCUUUGUUUUGAUUGUCUUUGCUAGUCUGAUCUGUGGUUUUGUAUGUAUUCUUUUCCUAUUUGGUUGGUAGGUUGGGUCGGUUUCGGUAUAUACCGGUUGAUGUUUUUAAAAAUUCCCGGGUUUUGGGGUCUACGAAAUCUCAGUGUUCUCCUAGUUUAUAAUUUUCCAAACGCAUGAAUACAAGCAAAAAUAUAUAGCAUCCGAUGGCUCAUAGGUGUUCACGUAGAUGCUGGGAGCACGGCUACCCUGUAUUAUUUCUUAGAAUUGUCUGUUUCCCGAUUUUAUGUGUUGAUUUUAUGCUCGGUUUGGUCAUUAUUUGACAAGGUUCUAUAGGUAGCCAUUUCUCCAAUAUUCGCCCAUUAGGCAUGUCUGUUCAUUUCUUCAUGUAGUAUCGGUACAUAAGCAUGUUUUACUAUGGAACAGGCUUUUUAUACAGCUGUAGUCGUUUCUGUCAUAAUUGGCAGUUCGGUUAGCGUGGUCUGGUUUCCGAUGUACACGAGCCUUAAAUUUUUUCUCAUUAGUUAUAGUGGUCAACACGUCGAAGAAUGGUAGUUUGUUGCCUGGUUUCGUUUCUGAUGUAUAUCAUAUGUCAUCGAUGACUUGAUCAGAUUGUAAGUGCCUUCCAGCCGGUCCUUUACGAUUACGAAAAAUGUAGUGCAUUUGAUUAUUCGACCUGAUCUUGACACCUAAAGUUUUCGGCAUCUGCUUUACUGCUCCUGCAAUUAGUUCCGUAAUCUUGUUAUUGUCCUUUAUGUUUGUACAUUCUAUUGUUCUUUUGGAAAUAUGUUGUUACACACCAGUUGAUUAACUCAAAUAAACGGUGGCUGAAGUUGGAUGUAUUCUGAAGGAUUUGUAUCGUUAGUGAGGGGCAACAAUGUAGUGUUUUUUUGCUAACUUUGGUUCAUCUGAGAUAAAGCUGUGAGGAUUAUUGAGACCAAUAAUUUAACUAUUGAUAGUCAAAGCAAUUUCUCAGUGAUCAUCACAAAAACACUUUCUGUAAGUGUCAUUACUGUUUAACUGGCAUAUCUCUUCAGAUUAUGUAGGCUGUUUAUUAUAACGGCAACGUUAGAAAUCUCGAUUAUUUCGUCCUGCUAUGAUUUAGUUAUUUCGGUACCUGCUUCAGGAAUCUCGAUCACUGAAAUAUGCGGAUUUUUCAGAGUAUCAUGUUAUUAUGGAAUAUAAUUUCAAACUCAAAUAUGCUGAUUUUUCUAAUGGGCUUUGCAUGUAAAAUGCAGAAUGUCCCAUAAAUGUACCCAAUGUAAUAAGCGAAAGGCAGAUGGGUGCUUAAAGUAUCAGAAGUGGAUAUUUAUCUUUAGUACUUCAAUUGUCGUUAAUAUUUACGGUAGACACUAAACGAAAUAGACACAGUUUUACUUUAGGAUAGUCAGUACAGUGGGAUAUCCCGAUCAACUACAAUUUGGCAGUUUGUCAUUUCAUUUUGCUUAACGCAUAUACACCAUCCUCAUAUUUAUUGGGAAAAAGCAUUCUGUAUCUGGAAGAAUUAAUGUUAUACUUUCAUCUCUCGGAUCUUCAGUUAAGUGUCAAUUGGAAUGUUCCUUCCUAAAUAAAUACCUUCGCAAGGAUCAAGGAAGAAUAAUCAAAAUGGAUCAUACUAAACCUCUUUUUGGGUGUAAAAAGAGAUUACAACAAUUACAUUUUCGGCUGUAAGCCAUAUUUCUUACGUUUCGUCAAGGGACCCUGAUUGGUUCUUCGGAUUAAAUGAGGUUGAAGGGGAUGUAAAUACAAUUUAGUCGAUCAUAAUCCACGUGAUUCAAAUGUGGACUAGCCAAAAUUACCGUACCACAUCACGAUAUGAUAAAAUUAACAGGAUUAAUGGCAAGGUUCGAAUUAUUUAAUGGCAUUUAGAAUUAGACUAACUAAACAUUAAAAAUAUGGUUUGAGAAGAUGAAGUAAAAAAGACAUAUAUUCAAGAAUAUUUCAGUUCGAGAUUUAAAGGAAGAUGAGUGAGUGUAUGCUCGCAAUACCUCCAACUGUGGUCUGAUACCACCUUUAAUACAAGGCAGUUCUUAUCCAUCCAAAGAGUAAAGCCUCAAUUUUAAUCAUUUUCUACACUGCAAGUCAGUGUAAAAUAACUACAGUCAUGAAACAAACAUUUUCUUUUACAUAAAUCUUUAGAAUAAAACCCUCUUUCUAGUCUCGGGAUUUUCGUUAAUCGCACUAUAAUAUAAUUAUUCUUUAUUUUCAGGCAUGUGUAGCGACACAGAAAGUGAAUCCAACUGUCCGGACUCCCUAGUUUCUGGAUUCAAGGGAGCUCAAAUAGCUGAUAUGGGAUCAUGUUUGCCAGGAGAUCCUAUUAAUGAAGGGAAAAAUUGUAAUUCCUCCGUCUUAUUAUCCACUCAUCCUCGUCUUACUGUUCGAGAUCUUCUUGGUGAACAUAUAUCUCACACAGGUAGUGCUAUUUACUUGUUAAUAUUUGUAUAUAAUACCAAAAUCUUGGAAUAUGUGAAAUGGUUUAAGGCUAAAAUCGCUUUUGAUUAGUGAUAUGAGCAGGAGUUAAAUCCAGUAGUCAGGUUUUUGGCAGAUGAAUAACUUAAAAAGCUGAUAUCCUUUAAUCGUCGUUUUCCUGUCAAUAACUUGCAUAUAAGCAUGUUAUUUCAUUGGAUUAGAAAAUCUAUUCUUCGGUGGUCUUGUCUUUGAUAUUCAGUCCUUUCGUAGCUUUAAAUCCGCAUUCCAGUUUUGUAAGCAGCAGUCAGGGUUCUAUUUAUUCACUUUUAAUGCCUGACGACUUCGUUCAUUCACCAAAUCACAAUCUACUCAAUUUCAAAGAUUGUCAAAAGCCAUAUAACUAUAAUAGUUUCCUUAGAUAUUUGUUGUACAUACUGUUUAUUAUCAAUAAUAAUGUCACUAGUUCUGGUGAAGCCUAAAAGUCAAUUAGUUUGAGGUAUAGUGAUUUGUGAUACCACUCAAUCCAUUGUUAAAAAUAGUUAUCUUUGAAAACAGGUCAAAGUUAUUUCAAACCGUAGGAUUCAAUUACCACAUUGUCCCUCGAUUCAAAUAAACUCGGCCGAUUUAAAACCGAGUAUAGUAUUAUCUGAUCAUUCGCUUUCUCCUAACUCUAGCUUCAUCGUCCUCUAGUGACGAAGAGAUCAGAAAAUAUCUUGGUAAGUUCAUUUGUACCUUUGCGUGGCUGGAUUGUUUUGAUCUUCAAGCACAAAACAGUCUGAUUCUUCUAAAAUAUCUUAAUUAAAGAUUGGUUUAUGUCUAGAUCUUCUUCAAAGAUAAGUAAGGAAAUUAUUAUUUUCCUGGAAACAAUUUUUGUGUGCAUUAUUGUUCCUACUUGUCCACUAUUUUAUAUAUUCGUCUACCGGCUUCUGAAUUUAUGACCCAGUAAGAAUUUCCCAUUGCUUGAAAUCAAUGGCCUGUGUUCUAUCAAUCAGUCUUAUGUCGUUUGACGGGAGACUUCAAGAUUGUUUUUCAAAUAUUUUGACAUCUUAUAUUCAUAUUUUUCUUCAAUAAGAACAGUUCAGACUUCGUGCUUUUUAUAAGACUACUUCGUUGUUAAUAAAGCCCUGUUUAGUGAUAAAGCUACCUUUCUUUUCAGGUUGCUCAAAAAAUCAAGAGUGUGAUUUGGAACAGACUCCUUUAUUAUCCAACUCACAGAUCGAUUCGUCUCCAGCGCUCUCAUCAAGCAUUUCGGUAUCGAGAGUUAACCCAGCUCCACAUUUGGAUAGAGGACAGAGCACUAUGGCCUGGUCAGGUAUCGCUAACCAAAACCAUCCAAAUACAUUUAUUCAUUCUGCUACUAACUUCUCGAAAGACAGUUCCAUAGAAUCGGAAAACACGUGUGUAACAGGAUAUUCGAAAGUGAUCCCUGUGAAUUUGCCUACGAUUAGGACGAUGGAUGUUUUUAAGUGUACGAUCGAUCCGCCUAUUAUUUUUACGCCAGUCCAAACCAACAGCCUUUUAACAAGUAGUUUCGUUCCAACAGCAUAUUCCUCAAACGCAACUCCAGUUUGUCUAUCAGGCAACACUAAUGGUGCUGUAAAUAAUAGCUCUAAUAAACGUCCUGGUGGCUCUUCAGGAACUGCAGGUGGUUGUAGUACUGGAGGAUCUGGUUUUGGCAGCGGUGCACCAUGUAGUGGAGUAGGUGGUGCGGCUGGAGCUGGUGGUGGUGGGUGGGGCAAUCGUAGGGGUCCCCCUGCCCCACCAUUCACUCCUUCUGGAUCUCUACUCCAGGUAAGCUUUUAUUCGUGUUUUUUUAAGUAUGAGGGUGUUUGGAGUAGUUAUAAUGUUCUUAGCAGUGAGCUAGGGUUGUGUUUCUUACGGUUAUAAUUACUUUUGGGGACUAUACUUUGCAGGUGGUACUGACAGUCUACUCCUAAUAUUUCAUAGUUAUUUGGUCUCACUUGUUCCGGCCAGGAUAUGCUGCUAAAAUAUUGAGCUUGCUACUUCUAGAUUCUUAGCUUCUAAAUAGCAAAGAAUUGAGUAAUACCAGUUAAGGCCUUAACUUAAAAUUAAUUUAUGGAGAAGCUACUUAUAAAUAAGACCAGUUGGUAGUUGCUUAUGUACAACUUGUUCUAGUAUUAUCGAAACCGAUCGACGGGAAAGUACAUCUGUGGACUGUUUUGUGACAAAAUAACUACGAUAGUAAUCCUGAUCUAAAGUUUUUGUAACUGAUCAAAUUUUCAUAGUAGUUAGUCAGUUUCAGAAUCUCCGUUAACUAUGAAACUUGGGACAUUUCUGGUGUAACGACUCAUCAUUUAGAUGUUGAUUAUAGGACUAUUUAAUUUAAUGAUACUAAAAAAAUUAUUUAUUUAAACACAUAAACAUUGGUACAAGAAGGCACCAAAUAGAUAUGCGCUACGUAAAUCAUUCGAUUUGUGUGAGAGCUGGGAUACUGCUCGGGCGCCCAAACCGAAGCAUGUGGUUUUCUUAGGGGGCCACACACGAAGCCUUCAACCUAAAGGUCUGAUCCAUAAGGCAGUGGAUCAACGUAAGGAGAUACAGUCCCAUGGUAGCCGGUGACUAACGAUUGGUGCACACACCAUUUGUUCCUUCAGGAUACUAGAGUCCAUGUGCACCAUUGGUUUUAAAUCAGAAUUUUCCAACUCCCUUAGGUAGACUCCGUGUCCACCAACCCGGUUAAAGCGCUGGACAUUCGCUUUUGGUCCUCUCGAUUCCGUAAAUAACACUGCCACCAGCGAGUAGGUCUUCCCUGGCAGUGAUUGUAUGCACGUGGCAGCAUUUGGAGAGGGAGAGAGGACUCUUUCCACUCUCAGCCGUAUCAGGGCAUUUGAGGGCAAUUUAAUGAUAUUAUGAAUGUUAUAAAUUUCAACUGAUUGAGAACAGUCAAAUUAUGCUUUUCAGGUAUUCAUUUGUUUAUCUCUGUUAUUCUAUUAACGUAUUAGAGAAGUUAAUUUUGUGUAUAAUCAGUAAGAAUUGUGUUAUGUAGUGCUACUAAGUUGUAUUUAGUUUUGUCGUUUACAUACUUCAGAGACUUAGUUCGUUUUCUAUAUUUGCAGCCGUUGCCAGUCCUAACUACACAACGUCCUCCUGAAUACUGGUGCAACAUUGCUUACUUUGAACUGGACCAACAGGUCGGUGAAUUGUUUAAAGUUCCAAGCCAGUAUUCACGUGUCACCGUUGACGGUUACACGGAUCCUUCUAGUCCAAAUCGUUUUUGUCUCGGACAACUAUCAAAUGUACACCGGUAAGUUCAGUUCCUCACUUUCGUUGAACAACCAGUUCACUUAGUCAUUAGAGGACUUAAUCGGAUUCUUUUUUGCUUACUUUCCAAGGCUAAUACUUAACAGCUCUAAUAUUUCAGUGCAACUAAAUUAUCUUGUAAAAGUUCAUGCACUGAAAUAAGAGCAAUUUUCCACAAGUGGUUACUAAUGAUCAUAUUCGGUUAUUCCGAGCAAAGGUUUUAAAGUUGGUUAUUUUGAUCACUAAAAUACUGUUCCAUACAUAUCUGAUAGUGAUUCCAUAUUGUUGCAAACUUAUCAGCAGAUGUAACUCAUGGAAAUAUUGAUUAAUCAUUUCCUUAUACCACCGGUUUUCUAACCGAAGUUCAUUAUACUAUCGUGGUUGUAAUCGCGAUGGGAUAUAGUAACGUUUUUGUAAUUUUGAAACUUUAUGUUCCUGUCACUGUCUCAACUGAGGAAUCGAUUGGAGUUUAUAUAUGAUAAUUACCUAGUUGCUUAACUGUUCUCCACAUAACUCAACCCAAUGUACAUUUGUGCUUGACUCCUACGUUAAUUAUGACUGACCAUGGAUUUCAGGAAUUCACUUAUUCCUGCAUACCUUAAAAUAGUGGAGACCUAAAAUCUCUGGAAAAUCUGCCAACAACAUGUAUGUUUCGUGCAGAAGUCAAGUUCGUUCGAUGUAAUUUGAAGCAGAUUUUGUAGCUGCAAAUGUCGGGGACUAAUCUCUCACGCUUUGGAUAACAAAGGUAUUGAUAAAAUUAUUAUUUCACAUUACAAUGACCUGGCGAAACAUUUCUCAUCUUAAGUUUGACAUUAACGUUUGUUCAAUAGUGACAAGAACGCUUGGUACAAUAAGGCAUCAGAAAAUAUGCCACACAUUUUUAUUGUCUAAUCGACCUGUUUCCACUAUUUUAUUAGUAGUAUUUCGAAAAUUCCUAGUAAAAACUGAAGGAAAAAUGUACUAACCGAAAUAUCCAUGUUGUUCCGCCCUGUCCUUGACUUAUGUACGUAUAUUCCCUUUGUUUUCCGUCUUUCGUAACCCACUUUUCUUAUUUUAUCUUGUGCUGUCAAAAGCAGCUUUCAACAUUAAGGGUAUCGAACAAAUUAUUCCUCUCUUUAAACAUUAAUUUCAUACUUUUCUGUAGCUUUUAUUUGAUAGUUUAUUUUUAAUAAAUGAGUAGUCAAGUUUAUUGGUUAUUUUAAAGCUAAUUAUCAAUUAUAGUAAUCUUGUGACUUAGAUGGGUAAAAUCUCAUCUUUCAGUUUUUGUAUUCACGGCACACCAAAAUCCUGACUUGUUUGGAUAUUUAUUUAUAUCAAGUUUUUCGUAAGGUGAAGCAGUACACUCAUCUUGCAAGACACCAUUUAAGGUGGCUUACUUUAAAACUAUUAACUAGGUACGAGUGGUUUGUGAAAGUGACUACCAAAAUAUAGCAAUCAGUGCUUAUGAUUUAAGUCAUCCUAAAGUUUUACAAAUCGCCCCAAUGUAUUAUCAUCGGAAUUAAUUUUUAACACUAGUUGCUGGUUCUAAACACAUUUUUGGAAAUAUCUUCGUAAACAAUACCUUACGUUACUGACUAGAUUGUACGGAACAUUCGGUAAUACUCACAUAAGCAAUAGAAGUGAAUUUUCGAUGUUUAACAAAGCGGUUCUUGACUGUUAUUUCGGCGGAUAUCUUGUGGUUUGAUAGGUUAAUCUUUGGUGUGCUACUAAAUGAAUAAAACUGGGUAUUAUUUUAAACAGGUCGGAGCAAUCCGAAAAGUCGAGACUUUAUAUUGGCAAAGGUGUAGAACUAGAUAACGUUGGAGAAGGUGAUGUUUGGAUUCGCUGUCUUUCAGAGUUCUCUGUAUUCGUACAAAGCUAUUAUUUGGAUAGAGAGGCUGGCCGUGCACCUGGUGACGCUGUCCAUAAAAUAUAUCCUGGUGCUUAUAUCAAGGUAUGAUGUCAGUUUUAAAUGGUGCGAUAUGUGGAAUUUAUUAUAUCAACUGGUUCUCAUCCUAAUUUAAUAAAAUUUCCUCUGAGUAAUGUUUAUUGGCUACAAUAUCAAACGCGCGCUUCUUUUUAACGAUACGCACUUGGUUGUAUUUAUGAGUGGAAUUGUUUGGUUGCAACUUCACUAAAACUUCAGGACAUUAGUAAUUGCUUAAGUUAAUCUUUUUGGAAAAUUAUAUUAAUCAUUUACUUUUUUUCUUAUGACGAGUAUUUUUUUGAUCUGAUAUUAGCUAAAUCUAAGAGUGGUUGUAAAAUUGUUCCGGUAUUAUAAGUUUAUUGUAACUUAUUUUUCAUAUAAUAUUUACUCGAUUUUUAUUUCCUAUGAUCAUACUAGCUUGUGUAGUUUUCAUUUUCUUCUAAUACCAGGUUUUCGAUAUAAGACAGUGUCAUGAAGAAAUGAAAUCCCUUGCUCAGUCUUCUCACGCUGCUGCUGUCCGACAAGCUGCGGCUGUUGUUGGGUCACCUACGACAAGCGAUUUAUUGUCUCAGAUACCUGGUGCCCUACCUCUAGGUUCCAACCAAUCUGCCCCAGGAUCUUUACCUGGUACACUAGGUACAGGAGCAUCUAUUAUGGCUACUGCUGGGGUCGGGGUGGAUGAUCUUAGACGUCUUUGUAUGCUUCGGUUGAGUUUCGUUAAAGGAUGGGGACCAGAUUAUCCUAGACGUAGCAUCAAAGAAACACCUUGUUGGAUUGAAAUACAGUUGCACAGGUAUGACUUUAAAAUUUAUUUUCUUACAAUAAUAAACUAGUACCGUAUAGGCGUGAACAAAUUACUACCAUCUUAUAACUAACUACAUUCAUGGUCCCAUGUUAUUUUGAAAAUUAGUUUAGAGGACUGAAAUGGACGGUUUGAAAUUGUAGAAUUUGCUUAGUAUACACUGGAAAUAUUUCUCACUUUUUAAAGGAUUUUUUAACCUUUGGUCUCUUUACUGUUCAUUGUCUUGUUAAUUAUGGUGAAUGAAACUACACAGAUGUGUAGAAUUCUAAGUGGAUGCACUGUAGUUAGGUAAAAUAUAAUACUUCUAAAGCUGGAAAGAAUUAGAUUUUUGUUGUGAAUUUCAGAGAUACCACCAAAAUAUCAUAAAAACCAUAAAUCUAUGUAAACCUACCUUGAAAAUUCUGUUUUACUUUAUAUCACUAAUAGUUGUCAACUACUUAUGGUCUCCUCCGUUUUCUGUGUUGUUUCCACUUUUUUUUCAGACCACUACAAUUGCUGGAUGAAGUUCUCCAGGCUAUGCCUCUUAAUGACUUAAAACCAACCCGACAUUUCUUUUCUUAUUUUCCACAACCAUCUGGAUGCAACUCAGUGAGACCAGCAGCAACCAAACGUGUAUAAGUUGCUGGGACUAAGAUAUUUCUCCUUUUUUACUUCAAGAUUUCAAACGUUUAUUUUAACUAAUCUAUUUCCUGUUUACUUUUAAAUCCUUUUUCGGUAGUUUACUGCAUAUUUUUUAGUUGAUGCACUGUAACUGAUUGCUUUUUAUCUAGUUCUUUUUUCUUACUUUGUAAUGUCUACUAUUAAAUUCUGAAUACAAUAGUCAUGGUUAUUGUUUUAACAAUUUAAUACACAUCAGGUGACUUUUAAUAUUUGUUUAAAAUUUUUGUACGUAUCCAUUGCCACUUACCUAACAUUUAGACCUCAGAAUGUUUUAAACUAUAAUUCUCUCUAUAUUGUACAACUUUGUUUAUAAAUAUCAUUUAUGCGCCUUCUAUCAGGUAAGUUUAAUAUCACUUUUUUACUAUGUACCUACAUCAUGUGUACAAUUGUUAUUUUUGCCUUUUUUUAAAAAAAAAAACUUGUCCACAGCUGACUGAUCUGUUUUAGGUUGUCUAUGUGCAAAAGAUUACAUCAUUGCUUUUUGCUUUUCUUAUUUAUAAUUGUAGUACAACAAGUAGUAAUAGACUUCAAUCUAUUUAUAAAGAUUGAAGUAUAAAACCUUUGUAAGUUAUUUGUUGGAUUUUAUCCAUUCAUCUAUGUAAUAGAUUACUUUGUAAAUCAUAAGUUUAUUGUCCUCCAUUUUGUUUGGUUUUAUUUCUUCUAUUUUUCUCUUAUUUAAGUUUGUUAAGUUUUAGGAAAACAAAUAAUUAGGCUUCUUGUUUCCAAUUGCCUGAACCCAUUUUUUUCCUUUUCUUUGCAUCUAUGUACUUUAAUAAAACCCUCUAAUAUAAUGUUUUAACUCGGUA